UCUUGAAUCAAACUAUCUAUCUCACACUUCUAUCACCAAUCCCUUACAGUACGUACCGGACAAACAAGUAUAAGCUCCCACUGUUACAUAUACUUGGCUGUACCAACCUACAGACCUUCUCUGCAGGCUUCUGCUUCCUUCACAACGAGACGGAGUUGGACUAUCAUUAGGCAAUCUCAAACUUUAUUCUUAAGACAGGAGCACUACAGCCACGCGUAUUCAUCAGCGACCAGGAAGAGGCACUAAAGCUUGCGGCCAUUAGUCAAUUUCCAGGGGUCCCACAGCUCCUCUGCGUGUGGCAUAUUAAUAAGAAUGUGCAGACAAAAGCUCAGCAGACCCGGCAAGAUGCUGAAGGUACAACAAAAGAGGAAAAGCAGGCGAUCUCAGCACAACGAACUCAAUUCAUGAAGCGCUGGAAUCAGGUCGUCUUUGCAAAGCAGCCACUCACAAUUCACACUCAAAUGGAAUGAGCUACUCAGAGACUAUGCUGAUCAGCGAGAACUUUGCGAAUACCUGACUAAUAACCAAUGGAAUACACGUCAUCAAUGGGCAGCUGCUUGGACGUCUCAGUACCGGCACUAUAUGACAAUUACAAGCUCUCCUAUCGAAGGAAUGCAUAAAGUCCUAAAGGACUACCUUAUGACUUCACAGGGUGACCUCCUACAUGUUGUUGGGAGAAUCGAGCAGAUGGUUCAGUGCCAGUAUAACAAGUAUAGGAAGGAAAUUGCUUCUGCAAAGCAUAGCCUCAAGUUCAAGCAUAGCCUAGAGGCUAUGCCAUUCCUACCUCCUAGGAUCCAUAAGGUUAUUACGCCACCAGCAAUCGACCACAUUAGAGAACAAGAUCUACUUCGCCAAAAGGAAACAAAACCACGUCAAGGCGGGUAUUCUUGUUCUGGCCUCGUUCAGAAGACGAACGGUCUUCCUUGCCAUCAUAUAAUACAAAUUAUAAUACUGUAAGGGAUGGGUGAUAGAAGUGUGAGAUAGUUUGAUUUAAGAAUAUCCGCUAGCUCCUGAGAGUCUCUCCUCUGAGCUGCCUUAAAUACAUAGGUGCAAAGUAGUCACGUGUACCUUACUACCGCACCGGCUAUACAUUGUC